UCCUUCCGGGUCCACCGUCGUGACUUCCGUGUUGUGAACCAGGUUCAGCUAGCUGACUACAGGCCGCCGGCUGAUCGACUGUAAAGUUUAUAAAACAGUAAACAACCUGAAGGGAUCAUCAUUUAUAUAACACAGCACCCUGAAACCUUUGUAAUCCAGCUCUCAGAUUUUGAAAUCACACGCAGGUCAAACUGGAUGGCCCAGCUGGUAACAGUUGGGGCCAGCUGUUAACAUCAUUUGGACCUGUACGUGUAACAUCAGUCCACAAUGGCCAGUAGCUUCCGUAGCUACAUCUGGGACCCGGUCCUCAUUGUGAGUCAGAUUGUGUUGAUGCAGUGCAUCUACUACAGCUUCUUGGGCCUGUGGUUAGCUGGAGUGGACAGUCUGGUGCAAACUAGUCGGUCACUGGACCAGAUCUUCAGCUAUGAAGUCCUUGGUUUUGCAACAAUGCAGGGCAGGCUCUCAAUGAUGGCAUUCAUCUUGAACUCUCUCACCUGCGCCAUCGGUCUGUGGUUCUUCAUCCGUCGGGGGAAACAGUGCCUGGACUUCACAGUCACCGUACACUUCUUCCAUAUGAUCGGCUGCUGGAUCUAUAAUGCUCAUCUUCCAGCUGCCUUGUCCUGGUGGCUCGUCAAUAUAGCCUGCAUGGCCUUGAUGGCUGUAAUCGGAGAGUACUUGUGCAUGCGGACUGAGCUCAGGGCCAUUCCAGUCAAUAGUGGACCCAAAUCUAACCUGUGAUUUUUUUUUUUUUUUUUUAUAUUUUUUUUUGACACCAAGCUGAACAUCUGUGGACGGUUAACCCCCGAGGAACUCGCUCAGAGGAGGUUUUUUCACUGCUUGCAAAAGAAAUGGAGCAUGAACCUCCAUCAGCAUAGAUGUUGGAUUGUCAUCCGUCUCCUCUUCAAGUGAUACACCAGAUGAACUGAUCUAUUUAUUCAUAGCUGCCGCUAAAUGUUGGACAGUAUUAACUCUGCAGCAUAUUAAGAUACAUGUUUUAUUGCUUAUAAAAGCAGACAUCAGUUUACACCUUUCUCUGAACCGAAUGACAAUACAUUUUAUUCUUAGUAAAUCUUUGUGCUCAUUUUAAGUACAUUAGCACGAGAAUCCCCAUUCCCUUGUUUUAAGAUUUGCGAUAUUUCUUCUUUUUUGUGCUCAUCUUCAAAUGACAAAUUGAAACUUCAGAGCAAAUACAAACUGUCUUAAAAAACAGCAGAAGAGCAACAACAGGGACAUUUUCUCUCUCUCUCUCUCUCUCUCUCUCUCUCUCUCUCUCUCUCUCUCUCUCUCUCUCUCUCUCUUUGUGUUGGUAUAAUUAAUUACAAGCUGGAUGGGUUGGCAAACAAACAUGACCAUCAUGUACCAGGAUAUUUUGAAAUGAAAAUGUUCCAUUUACACCUCGCUGCAGUUUAGAGAUGCCAAUGUGCAAAAUGACCUACACAAAGCUUUUAUCAUGUUUCCUUACAGCUGCAUCUUUAAAUUUAAAUGUUGGGUAACAAGUUCAAACAGGUAUACUAUAGUUUUCUGACACAAUAAUCAAUCAUUGUGUAAAUCCAAAUGUGGGAAAGAGUUUUCUGCUUUAUAAUCUCAACACAUCAUUAAUCAGAAUAUAUAAAAUCUGUUUAAUUUUUUUACCUUUCUGGAUUAAGUUUGUACAUUCAGUCUCAAAAUGCUCAGUUUUCAGGCCUUUCCUGUCAAGCGUGUUGCACAGCUAGCGUUGUUUGUUUCCGUCUCUUUAUGUCAUGAUGUAUUAUGCAGACAUGGGGGCCACUUUGGGGACAGAUUGUCAGACACCAGCUGUGUUCUGACAGCAGACUGUCUGUGUUUCUGAAAACACUAUUACUGUUUGUGGGGACGUAACGUUAAAAACCCCCUGAAAUGUGCAGUACUGGUGGUUUCUGGAACACUUUCAGCUUUCUCAUUUAACAAUGGCUUUUAAGACUCAGUCUAAAUUAACGGCGUAUUACUCGAGUAUUAUAGGUCCUGUGACACAUACGGGUAUCUUUUAAUUCUGUGUGGUGACUGUCAGAUCUUUGCAGCUUUGAUAGUGCAGACUAUGCCGUGUCUGGUUUUGAAAUCAGAUUUCUAAAGUGUAGUGUAAGUACAUCAUUAUGCUGCAGAGGUUGAUAUUUAAAAGUUGUACAAUAGUUGGACAUUAUUGGGAAAUACAUUUGUUCGCUUUCUUGCUGAUAGUUAGAUGAGAAGGUCCAAAGGUAAAGAAAUUAAACUAAGCACCUUUUUACUACUUAACUAAUUACUUUUAUUGUUACUUUUACUAGUUCACUAAUUAACACAUUUCUCGGCCGAUUAAAACUCAAGUGUAAAAAUGAAAAGUUAUGGUUUUACCGGGGUUACGUGUAGAACUAUUUCUUUGCUGGAAGCAGUGUUAUCCUGGAGUCCUGUUGGCAACCCCAACUUUUCUUUAGCUGUUUCCUCCCUAUUUCCAGUUUUUAUGGUAAGCUAAGCUAACUGGCUGUAUUGGCGUAAACAUGAGACUCGUAUCAGUCCUCUCAUCUAACUCUCGCCAAGAAAGCAAAUAAGCGUUAUAUCCCAAAAUGUCAAACUAUUCCUUUAAGUUGUGUUCAAACCCAUGACGAUUCUUUCUAAGCCAGUGUCCCCUACUAUUGGAUUAUUUCUUGUAACGGCUGCUCUGAAAGUUUUCACAUGCAAUGCCAGCUUUGUAUUCUUUAACAAAAACUUUAUAAUGUAUUUAAAUACAAAGAACUGGAGAGAUGGACCUAUUCAUGUGAUUAAAUUCUUGUUUCUAGUGCAGAAACAUCAAAGAUGAGGUGUCCAUAUGUUUUCCUCCUCUCUGAACAUUUAAAUACAGGAGGGUGUCGGCACCAACAUCAAGGAAUUGUGGUACAAUGCAAGUGCUUUUGUGCAUAUGCUGUUUAAUAAAGCACGGUAAAACAGU